AUCCCACCUCCCCUUGCCUCCAAUGCCACCGAACCCAACACCACCUCCCUAGCUUCCGUCUCCUCCAAUGGAACCGGCGGCGGCGCCGCCGGCCUCUCACGUGAGCGCUCAGGGCGGCCAUACCGCCGCCACAGCCGCGCGUGAUCUCCGGCGCCGCCAGUACGCGGUGCUAGCGCUCACCUUCGCCGCGUACGCCGCGUUCCACGCCUCCCGGAAGCCGCCCAGCAUCGUCAAGGCCGUCCUCUCCACGGACUGGGCGCCCUUCUCCGGGCCCAGCGGGACGCACCACCUGGGCGAGCUCGACCUCGCCUUCCUCGCGGCCUACGCCGCCGCCAUGUUCGCCGCGGGCCACCUCGCCGACCGCGCCGACCUCCGCGUCCUCCUCGGCGCCGCCAUGCUCGCCUCCGCGGCCACGUCGGCGGCGCUCGGCGCGGCCUACUUCCUCGACAUCCACAGCCUCGCCUUCUUCCUCGCCGCGCAGGUCGCCAGCGGCGUGGUCCAGUCCGCCGGAUGGCCCUGCGUCGUCGCCGUCGUGGGGAACUGGUUCGGCCACGCCUCCAGCCGCGGCACCAUCAUGGGGGUGUGGACCUCGCACACCUCUGUCGGCAACAUCGCGGGCUCCUUCCUCGCCGCCGCCGUGCUCGAGUUCGGAUGGGGCUGGUCCUUCUUGGUGCCAGCAUUUUUCAUUGCCGCGCUCGGAGUCGUGGUGCUGGUGUUCUUGGUCGCCCACCCGAGUGAUGCUGGUUUGGAGCUGGAUGCAAUGGAGGUUGAGAUGAAUGGGGAAGGUGGGGAGGAGGUGGAGCUUCUUGUGGAGGAGAAGAAAGAGGUUCAAGUGGAUGAUGACGAGUUUGAAAUGGAGAUGGGGUCUCAACUUCCUCUUCCUAGGGCCAUUGGAUUCUUGGAGGCAUGGAGAUUGCCUGGUGUCGCGCCUUAUGCGUUCUGCCUCUUCUUCUCCAAGCUUGUUGCUUAUACCUUCCUCUACUGGUUGCCAUUCUAUAUACGGAACAAUGCUGUAGCUGGCCAGUUCUUGUCGCACAAGGCUUCAGGAAUUUUGUCAAUCGUAUUCGACGUUGGAGGAGUUUUGGGAGGGAUUUCAGCUGGUUACCUCUCGGACGCAAUAGGUGCCCGUGCUAUAACAUCAGUUUUGUUUCUUCUCCUGUCAAUCCCUUCGCUUAUCCUUUACCGGGCAUUCGGAAGCAUAUCCAUGCGCCACAACCUUGGCCUCAUGUUCAUCUCUGGUUACUUCGUGAAUGGCCCCUACUCCCUCAUCACCACUGCUGUGGCAACAGAUCUCGGCACCCAGGAUGCGAUCAAGGGGAACUCACGAGCGCUGGCUACGGUAUCGGCAAUAAUCGAUGGCACCGGAUCUGUCGGCGCUGCGCUGGGACCCUUACUGACGGGGUACAUCUCGACCAGAGGAUGGAACAGCGUGUUCUUCAUGCUGAUCUUGUCCAUAUCGCUCGCCCUGGUGUUUUUGAUACGCAUAGCGAGAGAUGAGAUAGUUGCUAAGAUCGGUGCCAGGCAUUAGGCUUCGUUUGCUUUGCUGAUGCUUCGGAAUUGUUAGACACUUGAUUUUUUCUGUGGGUUCUGGGAGACUUAAUUACUUGCAGGAGUUGUAAGUCUGUAGGAGUUAGGUUAGGACCAUUUCUUGGUGCAUGUAAGUUGUUGGGCUGGUUGGUUGGUUGCACAUAUGUACACUCAUAGAAAUCAAAGGCUGGAUACAAA